AUGGAUCGACCAGCCUCGUUCUCCUCUCUCCCGCCCGAGCUGGUCUCCGCGAUCUGCACGAAUCCAGAUCUUGACAAGGAAGACCUCAUCGCCCUACGUCUCACCAGCAUAUCUCAGGGAAUCCACGCCUCCGCUACAAAAGCCUUUGCCAAACGCUAUUUCACUGAUGUCCACGUCCUCUACACCGAGUACAGCCUAGAGACCUUUGUCAACAUCUGUCAACACCCAAUCUUUGGCUCUUCGAUCCGUAGAGUUCAACUGUCAAGUGCUUGCUACGAUGGGAAAUGUUUCUACGACACGGUAGACGAAUUGAUGCAAAACAAAGACUGUCACUACAGCGACUUUGCAGAAAAAAUACAGCUUCUUGCUCAGAGAUGCGAUGCUGAACGCUUCGACCAACGUCGAGCAGAUUCGCUACUUGCCCAAGCAUUCAAUGUACUCGCAAAGUCAGAUCACAGCUUCGUACUUGCCGUAGACACAAACGAAGAGGAAUCACUUGGUCGCAGUGAGGUCUGGAGUGCGCCUCUCCUCUACACGGACCACUGGCAGGCAGAUUCCAUGGGCAUGCUGAGCUUUCUCGUCCGAGCAGCAAACAAGAGUGAAUGCAAAGUACGGGGUUUGGAGUUUCGAGCCGGUCUCGACCAGGACAAGAGCAUGGACAAUUAUCUCUCUGAUGUCUGGGAGGGUUGGAAAGUUGUGGGUUCACUUACGGAGCUCAAGUUCGACUUGCCAUUCGGGAUUAGUCCUUAUGGAGACGAUCAAGGCCACGGGACGAUUCAUGAUCUGCUGUCACUGACACCCGAUCUCAAGACUCUGCACAUCCGUUCUGGAAUCUUCGCCGAGGAUGAUGAUACGUUCAGGGCCUGGGCCGAUGUGUUCUCCCGCUUACCUCUGGAAGAGCUUCAUUUGACUACUCUGUGCAUGAGUCAUGACACCAUAACUGAUCUACUGGAGGACUUGGGCCCAACGUUGUGUCGUUUGAAGAUAUCCGAAUGCAAGAUAUAUGGAUCCUGGAAGAAGAUACUAUUGACCAUCCAGCAGCACACUCUCAAGCUGGACCAACUGAAUAUCAGUGGUGCCAAGCGAUCUUGGUUCAAAGACACUGUAGCAUACAAAGGCAGCACCAAUGUUCGCUCGGGAGUUGCGAGACUGCUCAAGAAUUGA